GGUUCUCAGCCUGCAUCGAGGGCCCAGCUGCUCGCGGCAACACCUUGGGCAGGGCACGGUGCCGCCGCCACCGGGGCUGGGCGCAGGCCUUGCUGCCUCCCAGCUGCCUCGCCCCCUCUCCUACCUGCCCCCAGCUCCCUGCGGCUCCCGCCCCUGCUCCCCCCGACGCCAGCUCCCUCCCUCCCAGCCCCCCCGAACCCCUUCUCUCCCUCCUCCUGCAGGCCAUGGCUGUCAUACAAUUCUUCACCCUCAUUGUGCAAAGCAUCCUCUGGAACGCUCAGGUGGUCGGUGAUGAGCUGGAUGAGGCCACACGCGAGCGCAUGCAGCAGCGUGAGGAGUACCUUAGCUGGGAGAUGACUUGGCUGCUGCAGGAGCUGGAGCAGGGGAUGCAAGUGCUGGAGCUGAGGACCCAGGAGCAGAGCGGCUUUGCCUGGGGAGCCCUGCUCUUUGCUGCCUUGCAGCAGUGGCAGUUCUGGGCCGUUGCUGGAGUCCUGCUCCUGCUCUUCGGGCUCUGCUGGUGGCUCAGGAAAAGGAGCUGUCAGCCAGCCAGCAGCAGCAAGGAGGCCAGCUGCAGAAAGAAGGCGGAUAAGGAGGAGCAAAAAGUAAAAUCCAGUGUUGCUGUGGAUGUGGGCAGAAUUUCAGUCAAGCGCCUCCUGGACCUGCCAGAAUCGUUCACAAUGGUGGACGAGAUGGUGGAUGAACUUCUCCGUAUGUGCCGAAAACUUUCCAGGAAUAGUUUUAUGCCGCGACCGAAGCCAGCUGUCGGUGUGAGAAGCGCCUUAGAAGGUUGGAGUCUCUGUGAGGAUGAUGCUGUCUACCACCUGCUCGUGCCCCUGAAGCCCCCCCGUGGGCACGCCUUCCACCUGCAGCUGGGCACCACCGGGGACGUGCCAGCGAGGAACUCCAGGCUCCGCGUGGAGCUGGAGUGCACCUGCACGAGGGAGCGGCUGGUGGAGGACGUGCUGUGCUUCCUGCACCACCCCAAGGAGGAGCUGAGGAAAAAUCAGGGUCCCAGCCUCCUAGGCACCCUCUGCACCGGCCCCUACCUAGACAUGGGGAAAACCACCCGCUGGUUCCAGAUCUUGGUAAAAGCAGCCUGGGCGGUUUUGCCUCAGUCGAGACACUACCGUUUAACCGUGCUGCCCUCCAGGCGCUCCUGCAAGCUCCGGCUGACGAACGCUUCCGAUAGUCCCCUGCUGAUUGAGAUGAUAUUUGGGGUGCAGCAAGAUGGCUUGGACACCUUCCUGAGCAUCGAGUAGGCAGAGGCCAGUGUUACCAGCAGCAGGACGUGGCCAGAGAGCCGUGCUAUGGCAGAGGUGCAGUUCUUCAGGCAUAUGGCCAGGCCUGAAGUAACUCCCCGGGGAGCUGCUGCUGCAGAACUGAGCACGCUGGGCACGGAGAACACGCUCCUCUAUCGGCACUGGGAAUUGCUGCCGCACCUUUCCUCCACAGCAAAAGCACACUCUGGGGAGUCUGACCUGAUGCAGCUGAAGAGGCUGUUGCAAGGAGGCUUGUGA